UUAGUAGAAGCUUCCCUCGGUUGUCAAAACUCCAAGCCGCCAAAUUAAGGUUAAGGCGCUUCAGCCCGAUUUGCUGGUCUUCUCAUCGCGGGGUAUAUAAUUUCUCAAUUAACCAUGGCUGCUGCUAUGCCAAUAAAUCCUAAACCAUACUUGAAUGGUUUAACUGGGAAGCCGGUUCUUGUGAAACUCAAGUGGGGCCACGAAUACAAGGGGUACUUAGUCUCUGUGGACGGGUACAUGAACAUGCAACUGGCGAACACCGAGGAAGUAAUCGACGGGCAAAUUACAGGCAACCUCGGUGAAGUGCUGAUACGGUGUAACAACGUUCUGUACAUCAAGGGAAUCGAUGAGGAAGACGAAGAGGGCGAAAUGAAGGACUAACUCUAGUGCUAAGGUGUGAAUGUUAUAAUUUGAUAAAAGUGAAGAGAGUGAAGUGCGAAAUAAAAUAAUAAUAAACGACAA